GCCCGCAUUUCCUCAGCUUCACUGAAUGGUACCGACCCCGCUUAAUAUUUCUCCUCGUUCCCCCCGUCUUCUUGUUACUUCAUUCUCACUUCUAUCACAAUAUGUUCCCAACAUCACUCGUACACUGCUCGGUUCCAAGCGCGAUGGAGGCAGUCCUUCAGCGCUGCACGCCUACGCGAAGCGUGCUGCUGAAAGCAAUGGCGGACCCGAGUUUAUCGUCUUCGCGUGUCUCAUUCCCGUCCUUGUCCUCCUAUCAGGUGUAUUUGCCGGUCUGACUUUAGGCUACAUGAGCUUGGACGAAACCCAGCUGAAUGUGUUGAGCAUGAGUGGCACUCCUCAACAAAAACGUUAUGCUGAGAAAAUCAAGCCCAUUAGGAAAAACGGCCAUUUACUGUUGGUCACACUGCUUCUCGCUAAUAUGAUCGUCAACGAGACUCUACCUGUCAUCUCCGACCCUAUUCUGGGUGGUGGAGUGCAGAGCGUAGUCGUCAGUACCGUUCUAAUUGUCAUCUUCUCGGAGAUCAUUCCGCAAUCAUUGUGCACCCGACAUGGUCUUUAUUUUGGCGCUCAAAUGGCAGGCUUCACUCGAGUUCUAAUCUAUCUUCUUGGCGUCAUUGCAUGGCCUGUUGCCAAACUUUUGGAGUUAGUACUCGGUCCCCAUCAUGGAAUCAUGUACCGUAGAGGAGAACUCAAAGAGCUCAUUGCAUUGCAUUCAUCAAUGUCUCCGCUUGGUGGUGACCUCAAGAGUGAUACGGUCACAAUUAUCGGCGCCACUCUCGACUUACAAGAGAAAGUGGUGAAGCAGGCGAUGACCCCCAUCGAGAAUGUUUUCAUGUUAUCGAUUGACUCGAAACUCGAUUACGCUCUUAUGAAGAAGAUCUGCCUCACUGGACACAGCCGUGUCCCUGUGUAUGAAGAGGUCGAGAUCCCCGUUGAUGCAUCAAAACGCAUGUUGAAGGUCAAGAAGAUAAUCGGGAUUCUGCUCGUUAAACACUGCCUUCUCCUUGAUCCGAAGGAUGCUGUUCCUCUGCGUAGGAUUCCACUGAACAAAGUCCCUUUCGUACCAAACAACGAGUCUCUCCUCGGCAUUCUAGACAGAUUCCAAGAGGGUCAUUCGCACAUGGCUAUUGUCUCUCGCUUCAGCGUCGAGAAGGCUGCUUCAGUCAAGAAGGUUGCCAAGCGCUCCCUCACGCAACGCCUGCGCGAACGCGUUGGCAUGGGCGACUCGAGUGAUGAAGACGACGAUAGUAAAGAGAAGGAUGAAACUAAGAACAAAGACGAAGAACCAGAAAUAGAAAGAGCAAAGCCAUCACGCGAGAUAUCCUGGGCUGAUGAACUGGACGCUGACGGUCAAUCCACACUUCGCGGAGAUGACAAAGAUCCAGCUAUAGAAAUACCCCAGCGGGCUGUUCGGACCGGUCGCGGGCGAGGACGCCCCUCGCAACGCGGCACAGUAAGGCGUGAUAUGGAAAUGGGUAUUAUUGAAGAGCAGGUCGUCCAGAAAGACAAUGCCAAGGAGAAGAAAUACCGUUUACCUCGCUCGGCGACUGCACUGGAGCAAAGCCUGCCUGCUGACGCUGUUUUGACCAAAGAAGGUGCAGAGGACUUUUUACAGGUCAUUGAUCCGGCGAUAAUGCCGCUCGGCAUCAUCACAUUGGAAGACGUCCUCGAAGAACUUAUUGGUGAAGAGAUCUAUGACGAAUUCGAUCAGGAGGGUGCUGCUGGCACCAUCUCGUCUUACGUCCCAAUAGAACAAUCGCCUCUUACAAAGCUGCAUGGAGAAUCUUUACCUGACCUACCCUCUACAGUCACGCAAUCCACGGAGGCCCUCAAGCCUCCUCCCAUCGGUCCCGCCCUGCGCCCUCUGUCGCUAAAAGGAUUCGGCUUCCUUCGUUCUCGCAGUGAGCCCCCGACACCUCGUGAGACAGACGAAGUUCCUAUAGUUCAACCCGCCUCGAAAACCUCAGCAUUCUCUCUCACUGGCGAUAGUAUCAAGGAGCAGGACACACCCGAGACUGUCGUUCCAGUCAUUCAGGUCCUAGAAGCCAUGGCAGCAACGGACGAGCCACAAGACAUGUCACAGUCCGCGAAGACCACUAACAAUGCUUCCACUUCACCUGAGGAUUCUCUUUUGGCACGUAGCUCCACCUUGAAGAAGAGAUCUGUCUCUAGUGCUGGGAUCGCCGCUUCUGUUCCCGUUUCCGUUUCUGUCAGCGUUCCCGGUACACGAUCCUCGUCACCAGCACCGUCUCUGGAAGCUUUCCUCCUCGAGCGAAAACGACGUCUCACUGCCGCUAAGGAAUCGGGGAUGAGUACACCCCCCGUUCCUCUACCGAGUGAUGCCGCUUUGUUACGUGUCCCAACAGUCAGCAUCAAGGGACAGAAGUUCAAAAGCAGUCCCUUGACAGGUGGAGAGCGUAGCCGAAUUGUUGUCGCCGAACAAGUCAUGCAAGAUACGAUGAGCGCUGCGGACAGGGAACGGAUACCAGAUGAGGAUGACGCCGUCGCUCAUGAUAAGAAAGAGGACGACAGCGGUUACUUAUAACAUUAGCUACUGGCGCUGUUUUGCCACUAGUCAAUUUUUCUUGUUCUGCAGAUUUUAGGUGAAGGCAAAUUGUACGAUUGUCGUGGUAGUCUUCUCUUCGUUACCUACGUUUGUGUUAGUUCGUGUUCUAUGUAUGCCCCCCUUCUUCUUUUUCUCUUCUUCACCCCAACCUGCUUAAUGUCUCCGUGCAUAUAUAGCUUUUGUACUUCGAGCAAACCCCUUUAAUGAAGAAUCGUUUCCGAGCCUCCCAAAAUGAUGCCAAAAUUGCUGGCGGUUCAUGACAAGCUUCACUGUCAGGUCGGAGCGAGUGGGCAAGUCUUC